UCAAGUUGAUAGAGUACUUGAAAUAAAUGAACUAAUCAAUGGCAAUUUAUUCACUGGAGAGUAAUAGUAAAGGUAGAAGCUUUCGGUUUUUGUAAAAGGGAAAUUCAUUUAUACAUGAUGGGAUGCUACUGUACUGCUACCCAGGAAAUACAGAGCCAGUACUGUUCUCAUUGUUAAAAGUGCAACAGGCGUAUUAAAGAGGAACAUAUUCCUUCCUAUUCAGAUUUGUUAUCAACUUGAUAUUUGCCCUUUCCAUUAUUUUGCUAUCAAACAUUAUUUUUAUUUUGUAACACUUUACAUAACAUUAUUACACUGUAAUAUGUGUAAGUAGCCUACAGUGUUAACAAGUAUAUAAUUUAUAAUACUAGUUACAGUGGAGAGAAUAAUGGUGAAAUAGAAAUGUAGCCACGGAGCAACAAAAAAUCCACAGUAGAACUCACUUUAUUAUGUCCUAUGUGCAAUGUAUGAUUGAAAUCGAUUUAUAUUGUUAGAUGAUGCCCUCUUCAUAACAGGCAGAAUUUAGUAUUGGCCUUGUAUCUACAGAGUUUUGUCCUAAAUGGCAGCUUAUUCCCUACAUAGUGCACUACUUUUGAAAAGUAGUGCACUAUGUAGGGAUUAUGGUUCCAUUUGAUGGUUCCAUUUGGGACGCACACUGCAUUCUACAGUUUAUCCAUCAUCCACAGGCUCAUGUAAUUAGAGAGAUGUCGAACUGGGGGUUUCUGGAGAACGUCCUGAGUGGGGUGAACAAAUACUCCACAGUCAUCGGGCGCAUCUGGCUCUCCAUCGUCUUCAUCUUCCGCAUCCUUGUGUACGUGGCUGCUGCUGAGCAGGUCUGGAAGGACGAGAACAAGGACUUUGUCUGCAACAUCCAGCAGCCUGGCUGUGAGAACGUGUGCUUCGACCAUUUCUUCCCCAUCUCCCAGAUCCGCCUGUGGGCCCUCCAGCUCAUCAUGGUGUCCACUCCCUCCCUGUUGGUGGCUCUACACGUGGCCUACCGCGAGAACAGGGAGAGGAGGCAUGGCAAGAAGCUCUAUGAGGACAAAGGCAGGAUUGACGGAGGCCUGCUCUUCACCUAUAUCCUCAGCCUCGUCUUCAAGACUACCUUCGAGGUGGGCUCCCUCCUGGCCUUCUACUUCCUCUACAGUGGCUUUGACGUUCCCAGACUGCUUCGCUGCAGCCUGGACCCUUGCCCAAACACGGUCGACUGCUACAUCGCCAAAGCCACUGAGAAGAAGGUCUUUCUUUACAUCAUGGGCUGUACAUCCAUAUUGUGUAUUGUGCUGAAUGUCUCAGAGAUGGUGUACAUUCUAUCAAAACAGUGCUGGAAGUGUUUCAGCAAGCACUACAUCCCUAUUGAAGAGAGGGCUAGUCGGCAUUGUCAUCACACUGUCCCCAUCAGCAACAGUACCUCAGCACUUCAGCCCACACUUAAAGAUACGAUGGGCUCACAAGAUCCAGCUACAAAGGGAAACCAAUCCAUCCCCUCUUAAAGACGCACUAUGCAGAAAUUGCACCGCCAUUUCCUGGUUGCUAAAACUCUAAUAGUUAGCCUAA